AUGGCUCAGUUAAUAGAAAACAGUGAAUAUAUCUCUUCACUUUUCGCAGUACACAUAACACUCGGAUUUAAAUCCGAGUCUGAUUCAUUUAAAUCAUCAAGUUCAUCAACACCUGAUUUUAAAAUAGCUGAAGUUCCAGCUAAUUUAACAGGUAAUCGUUGGGAAGCAUAUUAUUGUGAAGCAAUAAUGAUGAUUGCUCUUCUUGGUUAUUUAAUUAAUUUUCUUAUUGGUCGUACAAAAAAUUCUCAACUUGCUACAACUAUUUUUCGUUCACAACGUGAUUUACUUCAGAGAAAUUUUUCUCUUGUUGGUGACAAUGGUCAAACUAAAAAUACUUCAUCAGAUGAACAAAUUGAUACUAUGCAUAAAGAAUCAGAAAAUUUAUAUAUAUUAUGGUGUAGUGGUCGAAUAUCAAUUGAUAGUAUGCUUGUUGAAUUACGUUUUAUAAAACGACAAUGUUUAUUUAAUUCAUUGGCUGCAUUAAUUAAAUCAAUAAAUGAUACAAUUGUUUAUACAAUGGAUUAUAAUAAAGAUGAUAUGGAUACAUUUGUAUUUUGUUUAGCAAGAAAACGUUGUGCAGCUAAACUUCAUCGUGAUAUGAAUGAUUUAAGUCAAUUUUGUGCUGAACGAAAAAAUGCAGAUAAAAAAGGUCUUAGUGCUAAUUAUCAAAUAUUAAGUGAACUUGGUGAAGUAUCAAGUGCAAUAAUAGAUACGAAAGUAGCAGAUUUUAUGGACAAGUAUGAAUUUGAAUUUUUGUUUUUCACCAUCGAAUUAAUUAUAACUUUGAAAAAUUUAGUUCUCAUAUUUGGAGAAUGAUUUUCAGCUAUGCAUAGAUUAGAAACGUAACGGUGAUUGUGCACUGUCUUACGAGGGAACAUUCUCAAGUGAUCCGCUCUGUUUUGAUUCAUUUAUACCACAUUCGAUAGAGUAUAUUGGGAUAAGAAAAAGCCUAAAGGGAUUCGUGCCCAUAGCCUUGUAAUUGAGAGUUAUGGCCGUUUUACUGUGAGCCAGGCAUUUCGGAAAAAAACAAAAUGAAGAAUUUCGAGCUGAAAUUCUAUCUAUAGAUAGAUUUAAUAGUCAUUAUGUAGUCCUGAAAGUUUCAACGAAAACAAACAUGUCUUUCUCGAGAUAUUCAAUGUCCAACUAAACUCGAUUAUUGUGCCCUUCUAUGGUAAACACCUGUUUUCUUUUUAAAUUGAAUAUCUCGAGAAAGACAUGUUUGUUUUCGUUGAAACUUUCAGGACUACAUAAUGACUAUUAAAUCUAUCUAUAGAUUGAAUUUCAGCUCGAAAUGCUUCAUUUUGUUUUUUUUCCGAAAUGCAUGGCUUACAGUAAUACGACC